AUCGCACUUUUGCAUCGCACACACAACCUCAUGACAGAAAAUUGAUGUUUUGGUGCAAAACGAAAACAACAAUCAGUUUUUAAUUUGGAAGACCGCUCACUAGGAACAGACUCAUCAGUCCGUCAAUAAAUAAGAAUAUUCAAUCAUCUCGGUAGUCUAUAAAAUGUUAAGAGCAUUCCGCAAUCUUUUCUCCAAUUAUGAAGAAUCGAACAAACUUGGAAGAGACUCAGCAAGAUAGAGUUCAACAAUCGUAAAGCUUUGCUGAGAUUACAAGUACGUGACUUGGGUGUCCUCUGCGGAAAAUGGGAAUUGGCAUUUUAUUAAUAGCAGCAUGAAGGAUUGCAAUUUAGAGUCGCAAUGAAGGCGCUCUCAGGAGUAAUAUGGAUUUUGACUUUCUCCAUUUGCCUCGUCAACCUUGCAAAAGGUUGUGGCAAUGGAACGACUGUGAAUCAAGUCAUAAAAAUGGAAUUCAGCUCUGAUAUUGUCAAAGAUGAAUACAUAGUCGCUUUUAAGAAGUAUUACAAAGCGUCCGCUCGAAAGAAUUUUAUUUCGGCUGCUCUGCGGGACACCACUUCCGAUUGGGAGAUUUUGCCCAGAAACAAUCCUGCGAGUGACUUUCCCAGUGAUUUUGAUGUUUUGCUGCUCAAAAAUGACCCCUCCAAACAAAAAUCAAUCAAGAGCUUGGAAAGUCAUCCUAACGUCAAGUCUGUGACUCCACAACGAACUGUUACAAGGACACUUCAUUACAUUGAUGAAGACUCUGGAGACGAAGAUAACGGAGAGACUGCGGAAGAAGAAGCUGACGAGACACCUCACUAUGUGAGAAGCAACCAAUUUUGGCAAGCUACUGGAAGACUGUCGAGUCGAAGGCUUUUGAGAGCUGUUCCUCGUCAGAUAACUUCUAUCCUCCAAGCUGAUGCAUUGUGGAACUUGGGCAUAACUGGUGCUGGAGUCAAGGUAGCUGUUUUCGACACUGGUCUAGCCAAAGGCCAUCCUCACUUCAGAAAGGUGAAAGAAAGGACAAACUGGACCCACGAAAAGUCUUUUGACGACGGCUUAGGCCAUGGUACAUUUGUUGCUGGUCUUAUCGCGUCCAGCUCUGAAUGUUUGGGUCUUGCUCCUGAUGCAGAGCUGCACAUUUUUCGAGUUUUUACCAACAACCAAGUCAGCUACACAUCUUGGUUUUUGGAUGCAUUUAACUACGCCAUCUUGAGGAAAGUAACUGUUCUCAACCUCAGCAUUGGGGGUCCAGAUUUCAUGGAUCAACCCUUUGUAGACAAAGUUUGGGAACUCACUGCAAACAAAAUAAUAAUGGUCUCCGCUAUUGGAAAUGACGGACCUUUAUACGGCACUCUGAAUAAUCCAGCUGACCAAAUGGAUGUCAUUGGUGUUGGUGGAAUCAACUUUGAGGACCAAAUUGCCAAAUUUUCCUCUAGAGGAAUGACCACCUGGGAACUGCCAGGAGGCUACGGCAGGCUGAAGCCUGAUAUUGUCACUUAUGGCUCAGCUGUCCGAGGCUCAAGUGUCAAAAAAGGUUGCAGAACGCUGUCAGGGACAAGUGUUGCCUCUCCAGUGGUAGCUGGAGCUGUUGCCCUUUUAUACAGUGGUGCCCUACACAGGGCCAGUAUCAUCAACCCUGCGUCUAUGAAGCAAGCACUCAUGGCUUCGGCCAGGAGACUACCUGGCGUAAAUAUGUUUGAACAGGGCCACGGAAAGUUGGAUUUGCUACGGGCACACAAUAUUUUGCAUACAUACAAGCCGCAAGUUAGUCUAAGCCCAAGUUAUAUUGAUUUGACAGAGUGUCAGUACAUGUGGCCCUAUUGCACUCAACCCUUGUUUAGGGGUGGCAUGCCCAUUGCGGUGAACGUUACUGUUCUUAAUGGAUUAGGUGUUUCUGGGCACAUUGUGGGCAAGCCAAAGUGGCACCCAUACACAAAGCAACAGGGUCAUCGACUUGAUGUUGCCAUUCAGUAUUCGCCUGUAUUAUGGCCUUGGUCAGGUUAUCUUGCCGUUUGGCUUGCAGUUAACGAAAACAGCGCAAAUUGGUCAGGUAUUGUCCAGGGUCACAUAUCCCUAACCGUUGAAUCGCCGCCAGAAGAAGGAAAUUUUGAACCUCGUCAAAGUUCGGUUCGCCUGGCCAUCAAAGCACGCAUUGUUCCAACGCCCCCAAAACAGAAACGAAUUUUAUGGGACCAAUAUCACAAUUUACGAUAUCCCCCAGGCUAUUUCCCUCGAGAUAAUCUGCGCAUGAAAAACGAUCCACUCGACUGGAAUGGAGAUCACAUUCACACAAAUUUUAAGGAUAUGUACCAGCACGUUCGAAAUGCUGGCUACUACGUUGAUGUCCUCGGAGCACCUCUUACAUGUUUCGAUCAAUCACAGUACAGCACACUUUUGAUCGUCGAUUCGGAGGAAGAAUUUUUCCCCGAAGAACUUGCAAAACUAAGGAGUGAUGUUGAGGCUGGUCUUUCUGUUGUGAUAGUGGCUGAUUGGUACAAUUCAUCAGUCAUGAAAAAAGUUAAAUUUUAUGAUGAAAACACAAGGCAAUGGUGGCUCCCUGACACGGGAGGCUCAAACAUCCCUGCUCUCAAUGAGUUGCUCUCUUCUUGGGGGAUGGCUUUGGGUGAUAUGGUGCUGGAAGGUGAUUUUAGCUUAGGAGGACAUGAUAUGCAUUAUGCGUCGGGCACAAGCCUUAUUCAUUUUCCCGAGUCCGGAACUGUAAUUUACAAGGAUCUUAAAGAUCAUGGUGCGGAGAUAAUGGGCUCAAAGUCUGAAGUAGUUAAGGAUGUACCCAUCUUGGGGUUGUACCAAAGCACAAGUAAUAAAAACAGUGGGCGCAUUGUUGUUUACGGAGACUCAAAUUGUUUGGAUAAUAGCCACUUGCAAAAAGACUGCUUUUGGAUGCUGGAUGCUAUUUUGGAGUUCACCUCCACUGGUCACAUGGCAUCCGUUUUCAAAUCGAAUGCUGGGAAAGCUUUAGUCAAACCCUCUGACUUCCCAUUGCCUCAACGAAUGGAAGCAAACCACCUUUACAGGUAUUCCAAAGUCAUCGAGUCACACAUGGGUGGAAUUAGAACAAGACCUCUUCCUCAGUGUCCUCAUCUUGUAUGGGCACCACCCAACCCAUUAAACAAAUCUGCACCAACAAAUUUGUACAAAUCCCAAAAACUACUUUCCGUGCUUCCUAAAGGCCCCAUGGAGCUUGACUUGAGGGCAGCGAUGGGCAAUGGAGGUGGCCCGAAGCAUUCUGUAGGUGUCCUACCACCUGCCGAUUGGAACAACGCAGCAAAUCCGAUCAUGGACGUGCAGGAUACAGAAAUCAGUCCGUCUCCAGUAGCAAUUUUGUCUUUGCUGACUAUUGUGUGCGUGGUUUGCUUCUUUUGUCUACGGCGUCGAAGUUUUAUUACCCCAGUGACUGCAUCACGACGAAGCAGAAGAAAACAACAAAGACUUAGAAAAUUGGUGAUGGCACUAGGGAACUCGUCAUCUGGAAAAGUACCUGCUGUAUAAUAUCUAUUUACCUAUCUAUUUGAUUUAUCUUAAUAAAUUAUUGCUUUUAAUGUUAAAUCAGCAAGAAAAUUUACAAAAACAAAUGUUU